UGGGGGCCGCCCUGCGAGGAGGUGUGGCGACAAGGGGGCGAUUGGCCGCCCUCCGCCCGAGCCGCCGGCGUCUGCCCGCGCCCGCCAUGUGGCCGCUGGUGGCCCUGUGCUGCCUGGGGGGGCUGUCGCUGUCGCUGCCGCAGAGCCCCCGGGCGCCCACCUUCGCCUCGCCGGCCCUGGCCGCCCCUCCAGCGGCGGCGGUGGCAGCGCUGCCCGACACGACGGGGAGCCGCGUGGAGCGGCUGGGCCGCGCCUUCAAGCGCCAGGUGCGGCGCCUGCGGGCGCGCAGCGGGCGGCUGGAGCUGGUCUUCCUGGUGGACGAGUCGUCGAGCGUGGGGCCGGCCAACUUCGCCAGCGAGCUGCGCUUCGUCAAGAAGCUGCUCUCCGACUUCCCCGUCGUGCCCGCGGCCACGCGCGUCGCCAUCGUCACCUUCUCCUCGCGCAGCAACGUGGCGCCCCGCGUGGACUACAUCUCGCGGCGGCGGCCGCAGCAGCACAAGUGCGCCCUGCUGGGACGCGAGAUCCCCGCCAUCGCCUACCGCGGCGGCGGCACCUACACCAAGGGCGCCUUCCAGCAGGCGGCGCAAAUAUUGCGGCAUGCGCGUGGAAAUUCCACAAAGGUGAUAUUUCUCAUUACUGAUGGAUAUUCCAAUGGUGGAGACCCAAGACCCAUUGCGGCAUCCUUGCGUGAAUUUGGAGUGGAGAUCUUCACCUUUGGGAUAUGGCAGGGGAAUACCCGAGAACUGAAUGACAUGGCUUCCCAUCCAAAAGAAGAUCACUGUUACCUUCUUCACAGUUUUACUGAGUUUGAAGCGCUGGCACGCAGGGCUCUACAUGAAGACCUGCCCUCUGGCAGUUAUAUCCAAGAAGAUAUAUCACAUUGUUCAUAUCUCUGUGAGGCAAAUGAAAACUGCUGCGACAUCAUGGCAAGCUGUAAAUGUGGCACUCACACUGGCCAGUUUGAGUGCAUCUGUGAAAAAGGAUACUAUGGAAAAGGACUACAGCAUGAAUGCACAGCUUGUCCCCCCGGAACAUACAAGCCUGAAGGUUCACCAGGUGGAAUCAGCACUUGCAUCUCCUGUCCCGACGAGAAUCAUACUUCUCCACCAGGAAGUACCUCCAUUGAAGACUGUACGUGCCGGGAGGGAUAUCAUGUUGUAGGACAAACCUGUGAAGUUGUUCACUGCCCUGAACUGAAGCCCCCUGAAAAUGGUUACUUUGUCCAGAAUGUCUGCAACAAUUACUUUAAUGCGGCCUGUGGGAUCCGGUGCAAAGCGGGAUUUGAUCUCGUGGGAAGCAGCAUCAGGCUUUGUCAGCCAAAUGGCCAGUGGUCUGGAUCAGAGGCUACUUGCAGAGUUCGAACAUGUCCCAAACUUCAGGCUCCUGAAAAUGGUCAAAUUAAUUGUUCAACAGCUGAUGUCUCCUAUAAGACAGUAUGUUUACUGACCUGCAAUGAAGGCUAUGAAAUAGAAGGAAAUGCCAAACUCACCUGCCUGGGAACCUCACAGUGGGACUCAAAGGAGCCAAAGUGUGUGGAAAUGCGUUGCCCCACCUUCCAGAAACCAGAGAGAAUAACAGUUUUCCCUCCAAGAUGUGGGCUGGAACCAGCUGUUCCUGGGACUGUGUGCCAACUGAGCUGUCCCCAAGGAUUCAUCUUGUCUGGAGCUAGAGAAGAACUAAGGUGCAUUUCAUUUGGGAGAUGGAGUGCAGACAUCCAGGAUGCUCAUUGUAAAGAUAUUGAAGCUCCUCAGAUCCGCUGUCCAGAAAACAUUGAGACUGAGAGCCUGGAACAUCAGAACUCUGCUAAUAUCAGCUGGCAGAUCCCAGUAGCUGAGGAUAACUCUGGAGAUGAGGUCUCAGUGCACGUUACCCCAGCUUUCAUACCACCAUAUCUUCUCCCGAUUGGUGAAGUUGCCAUUACUUACACAGCAGUUGAUAAGUCAGGCAAUGAGGCAAGCUGUACAUUCAGUGUCAAGGUUAUUGAUGCAGAACCUCCUGUAAUUGACAGAUGCAGAUCUCCACCACCCAUACAGGCAGUAGAGAAGGAGUACCCAGCAACAUGGGAAGAACCACAAUUUUCAGACAAUUCAGGUGCUCCACUGACUAUUGCUAGGAGUCAUGCACCUGGAGAUCUCUUUCCCAAAGGAGAGACAACAGUUAAGUACACAGCUGUGGAUUCCUCUGGCAAUAACAGAACAUGUGAGAUUCACAUUGUCAUCAAAGGUUCUCCCUGUGAAAUCUCCUUUGAGCCCAUGAAUGGCGAUUUUACAUGCACAUCAGAUGAAAAAGGUAUUAAUUGCACAUUGCGCUGUGCAGAGGGUUACAGCUUUUCAGAAGGAUCAAAUGAAAACUACUAUUGUGCAUAUGAGGAUGGUGUCUGGAAGCCACCUUAUUCUCCAGAGUGGCCUGACUGCUCUUUAAAUCGUUUUGCAAAUCAUGGGUUCAAAUCCUUUGAGAUGUUCUACAAAGCAACACGAUGUGAUGACAACAGUCUUCUAAAUGGCUUUUCUGAUGCCUUCCAGAGUGCACUUGGUAAAAUGGUCCCAUCGUUCUGUAAUGAUGUUGAUGAUGUUGACUGCAGAUUGGAAGAGCAGACACAGAAACAUUGCUUGGAAUACAAUUAUGAUUACGAAAAUGGAUUUGCCAUUGGAGCUGCUGGUUGGGGAGCUGCAAACCAGCUGGAUUAUUCCUAUGAUGAUUUCAUUGACACAGUGCAGGAAGAAGACCUAUCCAAGCAUCUCUCUGCUUCUGCAAAGACAGCACGUACUCGAGUCAAAAGACAUAAGAAACUGAAUGUUCCAAUGACUGACCACAAAAUCAAGUUAAUAUUUAACAUCACAGCUAGCGUGCCACUGCCUGAUGAAAGGAAUGAUACACUGGAACUGGAAAACCAGCAACGGCUCCUCAAAACUCUAGAAACGAUAACAAACAGGCUGAAUAGGACCCUCAAUAAGGAACCCAUGUAUUCCUUUCAGUUUGCAUCCGAACUCAUUGUAGCUGACAGCAACUCGCUGGAGACGGAGAAGGCCUUUCUCUUCUGCAGGCCUGGUUCUGUACUGAAGGGGAGAAUGUGUGUCAACUGCCCUUUGGGUACUUAUUACUCCCUGGAGCAUCAUGCCUGUGAAAGCUGCUGGACUGGAUCCUAUCAAGAUGAGGAAGGGCAGCUGGAAUGCAAAAGUUGUCCGUCUGGUAGUUAUACUGAGUAUCUACACUCCAGGAGCAUCUCCGAAUGCAAAGCUCAGUGCAAGCAGGGAACAUAUUCAUCUAAUGGUCUUGAGACCUGUGAAACAUGUCCACUUGGCACAUAUCAGCAAGCAUUUGGAUCCAGGAACUGCAUCUCUUGCCCAGAGGAUACAACAACAGUAAAAAGAGGUGCAGUAGACGUCUCAGCUUGUGGAGUACCGUGUCCUGCAGGAGAGUUUUCUCGCACAGGUUUGACACCUUGCUACCCUUGUCCCAGAGACUACUAUCAGCCAGACCCAGGAAAGUCCUACUGCUUGUCUUGCCCCUUUUAUGGAACAACAACCAUCAUCGGUUCCAGAUCCAUCACAGAUUGUUCAAGUUUUGGCUCUACUUUCUCAGCUGCUGAGGAAAGUGUGAUGAUGAUACCAGCUUCUCCAGAAAAUAUCAGCAAGCAGUACAAAGUUAGCAGUCAGGUGUUUCAUGAGUGUUUCCUGGAACCGUGCCACAACAAUGGGACAUGCAAACAGCUGGGAACUGGAUAUAUUUGCAUAUGUCCUCCUGGAUAUACAGGCUUGAAAUGUGAAACAGAAAUGGAUGAAUGUAAAUCCUCUCCUUGUCACAACAAUGGAUUGUGUAAAGAUGGCGUUGGGACCUUUGUUUGCCAUUGCAAACCAGGCUAUUCUGGUCUCCUGUGUGAGGAAGACAUAAAUGAAUGUAGCUCCAGUCCAUGCUUGAAUGGAGCCCGCUGUGUUGAUGACAAGAACAGUUACCACUGCACUUGUGCAAAAGGGUUCACAGGUGCUCACUGUGAAACUGAGGUCAAUGAAUGCCUUUCAAACCCGUGUCUUAAUAGAGCUAUUUGUGAAGAUCGAGUUGGCAGUUUCUACUGCAAGUGCCUCCCAGGUUUUACUGGUGUCUUGUGUGAAAGAAACAUCGAUGAGUGUCUCAGCAGACCCUGUAGGAAUGGGGCUACAUGCAGAGAUAGUAUCAACAGUUUCAGGUGUCUGUGUGUGACAGGGUACACAGGACCAAACUGUGAAGUGAACAUCAAUGACUGUGACUCCAGUCCCUGCUUAAACCAAGCCACCUGUGUGGAUGCCUUGAACUCGUACGUUUGUAAAUGUCCCCCUGGCUUUACAGGCAGCAGGUGUGAAACAGAACAGUCCUCUGGUUUCAAUCUUGAUUUUGAAGUCUCUGGUAUCUAUGGGUAUGUCAUUCUUGAUGGUGUUUUCCCAUCACUUGGUGACAUCACCUGUACAUUCUGGAUGAAAUCCACUGACACCACCAACUAUGGGACUCCCAUUUCUUAUGCAGUGGAAAAUGGAAGUGAUAAUGCAUUUCUUCUGACUGACUACAAUGGCUGGGUUCUUUAUGUAAAUGGGAAAGAGAAGAUCACAGACUGUCCUGCAGUGAAUGAUGGUAACUGGCAUCACAUUGCGGUCACAUGGACAUGCACAGACGGGGCAUGGAGAGUGUACAUUGAUGGAAAGCUGUCUGAUGGGGGCACUGGGCUCUCAGUUGGCUUAAAAAUUCCUGGUGGUGGUGCACUUGUACUAGGACAAGAGCAAGAUCAGAAAGGAGAAGGAUUCAACCCAGCUGAAUCUUUUGUGGGUUCUAUCAGCCAGCUCAAUAUUUGGGACCAUGUCCUGUCUCCACAGCAGGUAAAAUCUCUGGCUACAUCCUGUCCAGAAGAUCUCCAAAAAGGAAAUAUAUUAGCCUGGCCAGAUUUCCUUCCAGGAGUUGUUGGAAGAGUGAAGAUAGAUUACAAGAGUAUAUUUUGUGCUGACUGUCCAUCUUUGCAAGGAUCCAUACCACAUCUGCGUGCCUCUUCAUCUGAUUUAAAGCCAGGGUCAAAAGUGAGCCUUUCCUGUGACCCAGGCUUCCAGAUAGUGGGAAACUCUGUUCAACAUUGCCUUAACAUGGGACAGUGGACAAGGCCUUUUCCACGCUGUGAAAGAAUCAGCUGUGGAGUGCCUCCACCUUUAGAAAAUGGGGGUUAUGCAGCUGAGGACUUCUUUGCUGGCAGUACCAUUACCUAUCAGUGCAACAAUGGCUACUAUUUGUUGGGUGACUUCGAGAUGUUCUGCAAGGACAAUGGGAGCUGGAGCAGCAUUUCACCAUCUUGCCUUGAUGUUGAUGAAUGUGCUGUUGGAUCAGACUGUGAUGAGCACGCAUCUUGUCUUAACACAAAUGGAUCCUAUGUUUGCACUUGCAUACCUCCUUACAAAGGAGAUGGUAAAAAAUGUGCAGAACCAGUGAAGUGCCGUAAUCCAGGAAAUCCAGCAAAUGGACAUUUGUAUGGGGACAUUUACAGUGUUGGCAGUGAAGUGAAGUUUUCCUGUGAAGAAGGGUUUCAGCUGACAGGAGUGACUAAACUUACAUGCAUGGAGUCUGGACAGUGGAGCCACCCAAUACCACAUUGUGAAGCUAUAUCCUGUGGAGGUCCAGUUAUUCCAGAGAACGGUGUCAUUUUGGGCUCAAAUUUUACAUACCGCAAUAAGGUGAUAUACAGAUGCAAUGAUGGGUACAGCUUAGUGGGUGAAAAGGAAAUACUUUGCCUUGCUAGUGGCGUUUGGAAUCUUCCUCCCCCCUCCUGUGAAAUGGUGACAUGUCCUAGCCCUCAGAAUAUCAGCAAUGGAAAAUACACACUUACUGGCACAACCUACCUUUCCUCUGUGUCAUACACCUGUGACAAUGGAUACAGCCUUCAGGGACCCUCUGUACUUGUCUGUGCAUCUUCAGGGAACUGGAACAGCACACCACCAGCUUGCAGCAUUGUCUCUUGUGGGUCCCCUCCUGCCAUCAAAGAUGCGAUCAUAAAUGGAAGUAACUUUACGUUUGGAAGCACGGUCUCUUACACAUGUAAGGAAGGUUACACAUUAGAUGGCCCUGCAACCAUAGAGUGCUUAGCCAGUGGUGAGUGGAGCGUGAACCACCAGCAGUGUCUGGCAGUAUCCUGUGACGAACCACCCCAUGUGGAAAAUGCAUCGCCGCAGAGAGCCCACCGCCUCUUUGGCGAUACAGCUUAUUACUUCUGCUCAGAUGGCUACAGCUUGGCCGAUAACUCUCAGCUGCUUUGCAAUGCAGAAGGGAAGUGGGUGCCUCCAGAGGGCAAGAAGAUGCCCCACUGCAUAGCUGAUUUCUGUGAAAAGCCAUCCACUGUCUCCUACAGCAUCCUGGAGUCCGUCAGUAAAGCCAGGUUCACAGCCGGCUCCGUAGUGAGCUUCAAGUGCAUGGAAGGCUUCGUCCUGAACACUUCGGCCAAGAUUGAGUGCCUUCGAGGGGGUCUCUGGAAUCCUUCUCCUUUGAGCAUCCAGUGCAUCCCAGUUCGCUGUGGAGAACCUCCCCACAUUGCCAAUGGCUAUGCCAGUGGGGCCAACUACAGCUUCGGAGCGGUGGUGGCUUACAGCUGCAACAAGGGCUUCUAUAUCAAGGGGGAGAAGAAGCGGACCUGUGAGGCCACCGGCAACUGGAGUGGCAAUUUGCCCACCUGCCACCCAGUGUCCUGUGGAGAACCACCCCAGCUUGAGAAUGGCUUUAUUAAGGAAACAACUGGACGCUUCUUUGAGAAUCAGGCAAAUUAUCAGUGCAAGUCUGGCUACCACCUGGUUGGGAGCUCGCUAUUUAUCUGCCAAGCCAAUCGGCAGUGGUACAGUGAAUCACCUCCUCGCUGCGUUCCCCUCAGCUGCGGAAAGCCACCACCCAUCCAACAUGGCUACUCCAAAGGAGAAACCUUUGAUUUGGGCUCCAAAGUCGAGUUUUUCUGUGAUGAAGGCUAUGAGCUGACUGGAGAUGUGUCUUGGACAUGUCAGAAGUCUGGGAAAUGGAACAAAAAGCAAAGCCCAAAGUGUGUACCAACAAAAUGUCCAGAACCACCUUUAGCAGAAAACCAGCUAGUCUUGAGGGAAGUGACUAACCAAGUUGGUGUUGUGCAGUUCUCCUGCAAAGAGGGUUACGUUUUGCAUGGCUCCUCUGUACUGAAAUGCUUGCCCUCUCAACAGUGGAAUGAUUCCUUUCCCUUCUGCAAGGUCGUACAGUGUCCUGCACCUCCAUACAUCCCCUUCAGUGACCCGUUGACUUUAUCACUUCUUUUUGGUAGCACUGUGAAGUACAUCUGUGUGGAUGGGUUUUUACUGAAGGGUGAAUCUACUAUCAGAUGCCAGGCUGAUGGCUCAUGGAGCUUGCCUUUGCCAGAAUGUAUUCCUGUGGAGUGCCCCCAGCCAGAAGAAAUUCAAAAUGGCAUUGUUGAUGUGCAGGGCCUCACCUUCCUCAGCACAGCUCUCUAUACUUGUAAACCAGGCUUUGAACUGAUGGGGAACACAACUAUCCUCUGUGGAGAAGAUGGACAGUGGCUUGGAGGAAGGCCAGCUUGCAAACCCAUUGAAUGCCCAAGGCCUAAGAAGAUCCUCAAUGGCAAAUACUCAUUCACAAACUUCCAUUAUGGGCAGACUGUUAGGUAUUCCUGUGACAGAGGUUUCCAGCUCCAAGGGGAGGAAACACUGAGCUGCCUAGAGACAGGAGAGUGGAGUGCAGAUGUUCCCUCCUGCAAAGCCAUAAGUUGCCAGCCCCCUCAGCCUAUUGAGAAUGGCUUUGUGGAGGGUGCAGAUUACAGCUAUGGGGCCAUGGUCAUUUACAGCUGUGUUCCUGGCUUCCAGCUGUCUGGCCUUGCCAUGCAGACCUGUGAAGAAUCAGGCUGGUCUAGCUCCACUCCAUCUUGCCUCCCAACAGACUGUGGCCUACCUCCUCACAUUGACUUCGGGGAGUAUGUGCAGGUGAGACACGGGGAAAGACGUUCAGAACAGGAGAGCAUUACAGAGAGUCCCUCCCUUUCACACAUGCUGCUGGUUGGCAAUUUGAAGGACUUCAAAAGUUCUUCGAAGGAGAACAAUGCAAUGCAGCUGACCACUUUCUUAUUUGGAACUAUCAUUUUAUACACAUGUUACUCUGGCUAUGAGCUCUUGGGAAACCCCGUUCUAGCUUGCCAAGAAGAUGGGGUCUGGAAUGGCACUGCCCCCUCCUGUGUUUCCAUAGAAUGCACAUUGCUGCCGCCUCCAGAGAAUGGAAUUUUACAUUUUACUGAGAACACUCUCGGUAGUGUGGUGCAGUACACCUGUAAGCCAGGGUUUACACUUGUUGGCUCGGACACACGGCUGUGUUUGCCAAAUCGGCAGUGGAGUAACACUACUCCAUACUGCAAAGCAGUAACAUGCAGCUCACCUGCCCAGCUGAUGAAUGGGAGUGUAAGAGGGGAAAACUACACAUAUGGGAGCAUUAUCUACUAUGAGUGUGAUCCUGGCUACCAGUUAAAUGGCCCCACAGAGAGGAGGUGCCAAGAGAACCAGAAAUGGGAUGGCAGUGAACCAAUUUGCAUCCCUGUUUCUUGCAGCCCACCACCAGUUCUGGAGAAUGGUCAAGUGUCUGGAGAGGAGUACACGUUCCAGAGGCAUACAGAGUAUAGCUGCAAUGAAGGUUUCCUGUUAGCUGGGGACAGGAGUAGAGUCUGCCUUGCAAAUGGAAGCUGGAGUGGAAUUGCUCCAGUUUGCAAAGCUGUGACCUGCCCCAUGCCUCUGCCUCUUCCCAAUGGGAGAAUUACUGGCUCAGAUUUUGGCUUUAGGAAAGAAGUGCAGUAUCACUGCAACAAAGGAUAUAGCCUGCAAGGAACGUCCACGCUUACCUGUCAGAGUGAUGGUACCUGGGAUUCAGAAGCUCCACACUGCGAGCCAGUCAUCUGUGGACCUCCAGAAGACAUCUCCCAUGGCUUUCUGAACGGCUCAGACUUUACAUAUGGGGAAUUUGCCCAGUAUGUGUGCUUCCCUGGAUAUGAGCUGCAUGGUAAUCCUUUACGGCAAUGUUUGUCCAAUGGUUCCUGGAGUGGAAGCCUUCCAUCCUGCCUCCCCUGUGAGUGCCCUGCGCCACAGAUCCAGAAUGGGGUUGUCCUUGGUGAAGAUUUCAGCUGUGGGAAAAGUGCCCAGUUUCAAUGCCUGGAGGGCUUUAAACUGCUAGGGCCUUCCGAAAUCACCUGUGAGGCAGCUGGCAGGUGGAGUUCUGGGUUUCCUAGGUGUGGGCAGAUUUCCUGCGGCUCCCCACCCAUCAUCCCCAACACAUUUAUCAAUGGGAGCAGCUCUGCAGAUGAAAACACCAUCAUAUAUACCUGCUUGACGGGUUUUGUCAUGCAGGGGAGUCCAGAACUGACUUGUGUGGAGACAGGUGUCUGGAAGAAGCCAUACCCAAGCUGUGAGCUGCUAAGCUGUGGCCCACCACCUUCUGUCCCCAAUGCAGAGGUUCUUGGGAACACUCAUACCUAUGGGAGCAAGGUCCAGUACAGAUGCCUGGAAGGCUACACAAUGGUGACAGAGGAAGAUGUAUGCACUUGCCAGGAAGAUGGACAGUGGUCUCCUCAAAGUAUUUCCUGUUGCCCCAGAAAGUGUCCACUCCCAGGAAAUAUCACCCAUAUAAUAGUGCUUGGGGACAACUUCACUGUGAAUUCAAACAUCACUUUGUCAUGUGUAGAAGGCUAUACGCUGGUGGGAGGAAGCACAUCUACAUGCAAGGAGAGUGGUGUUUGGGUGCCAGCGUUUUCUGAUGACAUCUGCAUUCCUGUGUCAUGUGGGACCCCGGAAUCUCCAGAGCACGGAUUUGUGGUUGGCACCAAAUUCAGUUAUAAAGAUGUUGUUCUUUAUAAAUGUGAUCCUGGCUAUGAAUUACAAGGUGAUACAGAACGGACUUGCCAAGAAGACAAGCUUUGGAGUGGCACAGUGCCAGCAUGCAGAAGAGUAUCAUGUGGGCCCCCAGAGGCGAUAGAAAAUGGAUCUGUUCAGGGAGAGGAGUUCUUGUUUGGCAGUGAGGCUUUUUACAGCUGCGACCCUGGUUUUGAACUACAGGGACCAAGCCGAAGGAUUUGCCACGUUGACAAAAAGUGGAGGCCCUCUGUUCCUUCAUGCAGGGGAAUUACUUGUGGGCUGCAUCCCUCAGUAGAAAAAGCAGAGGCCAUUUCUACAGGAAGCACAUACAGAAGUAAUGUAACCUUUGUGUGCAGUGCUGGGUAUCAUCUUGUUGGACCCCAAAAUAUCACAUGUCUUACCAAUGGGAGCUGGAGUAAACCUUUACCAUCAUGUGAAGAGACCAGAUGCAAAGUUCCACUUUCCUUGCUGAAUGGGAAGGCGAUUUAUGAAAACAAUACAGUUGGCAGUACUAUAGCAUAUUUCUGCGAGAGAGGAUACAGCUUGGAAGGAGAACCUGCAGCAGAGUGCACAAGGGAUGGAAGAUGGAGCAAUCCCUUGCCUCUCUGUAAACCAAACCCUUGCCCUGUGCCUUUCAUAAUCCCAGAGAACGCCCUUCUCUCCGAGGUGGAUUUUUAUGUUGGGCAGAAUGUUUCUAUCAGGUGCAGGGAAGGCUACCAGCUGAAAGGGCAGGCUGUGAUCACCUGUAACGCUGAUGAGACUUGGACUCCGACAACGGCUAAGUGUGAAAAGAUAUCUUGUGGGCCCCCAGCUCACAUAGAGAAUGCCCUCAUCCGUGGUAGCUUCUAUCAGUAUGGAGAUAUGAUCACCUAUUCCUGCUACAGUGGCUACAUGCUGGAGGGGCCCCUGCGAAGCAUUUGCCUAGAAAAUGGAACGUGGACAACACCACCUACCUGCAAAGCUGUCUGUCGGUUCCCGUGUCAGAAUGGUGGAGUCUGUGAGCGACCAAAUGCCUGCUCGUGUCCAGAUGGCUGGAUGGGUCGACUCUGUGAAGAGCCAAUUUGCAUUCUGCCAUGUCUCAACGGAGGUCGCUGUGUGGCACCUUACCACUGUGACUGCCCUGCUGGAUGGACUGGAUCACGAUGCCAUACGGCUGUUUGCCAGUCGCCUUGUUUAAACGGUGGGAAGUGCAUACGACCAAAUCGAUGUUAUUGCCCCUCAUCAUGGACUGGACAUGAUUGCUCUAGGAAACGGAAGGCUGGAUUCUACCCCUUUUAACAGCAGAGCAGCAGUUUUACACUCAGAAACCUUUCUUCAACCUAGGUACCAGGGCUUGGAAUCUAAUGCAGUGUAAAUCACAUCCAUUGCUUCCCUUCCCCCAGCUCCCUUGUUUUGUAUUUUUUUGUGAUAUAUUUUUUUCUAUACACUCCAUUUUAAAAGAAAUCCUCUGUAUUUUCCAUUUACAAAAGUAUUAUCAAAUAUAUGCUGCUACACACACACCAUACACGCAUACACAGACAAAGGCAAAGAUUCCUCCUGUCCACUGAGGGAAGGAGUUGUGUAUGGUGAAUCGUCCCUCCCAUUUCUUACACACAGUAAGCUAAUUAAAACGUACUAUACUGCCAACCAUGAUUAAACAGAAUAAUGUGGCAAUUCUGCUUAUCACCUGCCAAAGCACAUUGAAAUCCAGCAAUCCAGUAGUAAAGAAUAGUUACGUAAGGCUAACCAAGCAGCUGAACUUCGCGUCGGGCCUGUUUCUGAACUCACACUGAUGUAAAUUAGAAGUACAUCUGAUAAAGCCCAUAUUGUAACCAGUUUCUGAUAGGCAUAAGAGCAUUCUGUAAUGUUCAUUAUGUGACAUUAACGUCCUUGGAAAGUGACUUCAUGGAAGGCAUUGGCAUGGAUUUUACCUGAGAUGUAUUGGUAAAACAGUCAAAAAAGUAAAGGAGAUGAGAGAACAUCAUUUCCUUUGGAGAAAGACAGACACUA